UCUGUCUCAGCGUUCUGCAUUUUUGUGAACAAACCCCCCUGCUUUUCUCUCCACACCCCAAAAACCCACUCUCCAUACCCCAAAAACCCUCGGUCCAAGACUGAAAAUUCCCAUAUGGACACUCGCCGACCUCCGCGCACGGUCAGCGACCCGAAGGUCCGACAAGUGGGGUUCUUCUCCUCGCCCGAGCCCAUCGCCGCCUCCUCUCCUCCGGUCUCUCACAUCUCCCCCUCCGGUAACUCACUCUCUCCGGUUAUGAUCCCCCCGCCACGUCACUCCGAUGCUCCCCGUCCGGUUCCCUUUCCUGCGGUCCCCGCCUCUCCGGUCCGCCGAGACUCCAUACCCGCCGGGAGUUACAACAACUCUUCUGAUUUCUUCCCCGCCUCGCCUCCUACGGCGUCGUCCUCGUACGGAAUGGUGAUGGGCAGUGGUGAGUUCCUGAACGACGUCGUUAUGUCGCCGGGUCGAGCACUCAGGGGCAAUUCGGUAAGAGCGGCUGCGGGCAUAACGACGUCGUCUUCGUUUCCUGUCCCUGGCGGGGGCUUCGAUCUGACGGCUGCCGUGAAGGCGAGUAGUGUUCCCGCGAGUGGCUUAACGACGGUCUCCGUGGUCAAGAUGCCCAUUGCUGGUAUUUCUGAGAAAGGUAGAGGUGCAUCAGUGGAAGCGCAGAGCGAGCGAGAUGGGAAUUCGAAGCCUCUCAAAGAGAAAACCACAAAAGCCGAAAGGCGGGCUCUUCAAGAAGCUCAAAGAGCAGCUAAGGCCGCACAAUUAGCCGACGGAAGUAAAACACCUUCUGUUGCUGCUACUGUUACUGCUUCUACUUCGGCAGCAGCGAAUGUGAAACCGUCCAAGGCCACGAAACUCGUGUCACAAACAUCUGUGGCGGCUUCCGAGAAGAAGGGUGGUGGUGAACGCCUGCCGGAGAAAGAAAGAAAGAAGGAAGUUCCUCAUCCACGAAUGCAAUAUGAUGAUACCAGUCGUGUAGAGAAGGCGAAAAGGCGUUCAGUGGUCAAGCAAACUGAGGCCAGGAAUAGGGUUGAGCUGUUCAGGCAUUUGCCUCAAUACGAGCAUGGAACCCAGCUUCCUGAUCUCGAGUCUAAGUUUUUCCAACUUGACCCCGUGCACCCUGCUGUUUAUAAGGUUGGGUUACAGUAUUUAUCAGGAGAUAUAUCUGGUGGGAAUGCUCGUUGUAUAGCCAUGCUUCUAGCAUUUCAAGAGGCCAUUAAAGACUAUUCAACACCACCUGAGAAAAACCUCAGUAGGGAUUUGACAGCAAAAAUAAGUAGUUAUGUUUCAUUUUUUAUCGAGUGCAGGCCGCUUUCAGUCACCAUGGGGAAUGCAAUUCGGUUUCUGAAGAGCCGAAUUGCCAAGUUACCUUUGUCUAUGUCUGAGUCAGAAGCAAAAGCAUCUCUCCAGUCAGAUAUUGAACGGUUCAUAACGGAGAAGAUCAUACUUGCAGAUAAGGUGAUUGUAAAGCAUGCAGUUAGCAAAAUCAGGGAUGGUGAUGUUCUUCUAACGUAUGGGUCAUCCUCUGCAGUUGAAAUGUUACUGUUACAUGCCCAUGAGCUUGGCAAACAGUUUCGUGUUGUGGUGGUAGAUUCUCGUCCAAAGCUUGAAGGCCAGCGUUUACUUCGUAGGUUGGUGGGAAAGGGCCUCAGCUGUACUUACACUCAUAUAAAUGCUGCUUCCUAUAUCAUGCACGAAGUUACUCGAGUUUUUCUUGGUGCUUCUUCAGUGCUGUCUAAUGGAACAGUUUACUCAAGGGUUGGGACUGCCUGUGUUGCUAUGGUAGCUCAUGCAUUCCGUGUACCCGUGUUAGUAUGUUGUGAGGCAUAUAAAUUUCAUGAAAGGGUACAGCUUGAUUCUAUAUGCUCCAACGAGCUUGGUGAUCCAGAUGCCAUUUCAAAGAUUCCUGGCAGGGAGGAAAUCUAUUUGGAUGGUCAAACUAAUUGUGAAAAUCUUCAACCCCUAAAUCUGAUUUAUGACGCACUUCCUUCAGAUUAUGUUUCAAUGAUAAUCACGGAUUAUGGCAUGGUUCCACCCACAAGUGUGCCUGUCAUUGUGCGCGAAUACCGAAGAGAACACUUAUGGAUGUGAUCAUGAAAAUGCCUCCUCAGAAGUGGAUCGUGAUUCGUGAGGCUUCUCCAAAAUUUUGUGUGCAUGCUGAAAUCAAUGAUUCAGUGUCAGCAGCAUUUAACAGACGAUAAGAGUCUAAGACUAGAGCCAGAAGUUUCUUUUUAGCUUUUGAUCUCUCACUGGAUUGAGACAAUUUCUUUUUUCUUCUUUGGCCAUAGAUUGAGAUACAAGUUAGACGCUUAAGUUCUUGUGACAGAAGUUUUGUAUGCUGUACUUGCGUGUAUAUGCACCAUGCUUUGCUUUCGCUGGGAUUAUUAUGGGAUGCAUACUCAUGGGUUCCAUCUUUUA